AUGGUACACAUCACUGCACCUGCACCUGCACCUGUGCCAACAGUACCAACCCACCACCUAUUCUUCGACCAAAACCUUGAUCUGAAAAACAACAACCCACGUACUUUACCUUCUCCCAACCAUAAACUUGAGCUUCAACCGCCACUGCGCUACCCCAGUCACAGCUUAGCACAUCCCCUUAUUCCUCAAACAACAAAUUUCACCAAGAGGAAGGAGAUAGGGAAAAAGAAGAGAAAAAAGGCUACAACAUCUGACAUACUGUACUUGAUGGACGCUCUGCCCUUUCCUAUACCAAUUGACAUCUACACUUCUAUGAUAAAAGAAUGCACUGUUUCCGGUGACCCAGAGACCGCCAUUGAGUUGUACACUCACAUUUCCAAGAGCGGUGUAAAACCCCCCUUGCCCUUCCUCAAUCGGAUUCUCAUUAUGUUUGUGUCCUGUGGUCUGUUGGAAAAUGCACGCCAGAUGUUUGACAAAAUGCAUCUGAGGGACUUCAACUCUUGGGCGACCUUAUUUGUUGCGUACUAUGAUAAUGCUGAUUACGAAGCGGCUACGGCGGUUUUUGUUAACAUGUUAGGCCAAUUGGGUAUGUCGCAAUUUCCUCCGUGGAUAUGGGCUUGCCUUCUCAAGGCUUGUGCAUGCACUUUGAAUGUCUCUCUGGGAAUGCAAGUUCAUGGAUGGUUGUUAAAGUUGGGUACUUGUGAUCACGUGCUUCUGAGCAGCUCCUUGAUAAACUUUUACGGGAGAUUCACGUGUCUAGAAGAUGCGAGUGCUGUCUUCAAUGGGGUGUCGCGGCAUAACACGCUGACUUGGACUGCUAAAAUCGUUAGUGGUUGCAGGGAAAGACAUUUCUCUGAGGUUUUUGGCGACUUCAGGGAGAUGGGAACGCGAGGGGUGAAGAAGGACUGCUUCACGUUUUCUAGUGUUCUCAAGGCGUGUGGAAAGAUGCUGAAUCAGGAAAGAUGUGGUGAACAAGUCCACAGUGAUGGCAUCAAACUUGGGUUGGUCUGGGAUCACUAUGUGCAGUGUAGUUUGAUUGCCAUGUAUGGAAGAUGUGGGUUGUUGAGAGAAGCAAAACAGGUGUUUGAGAUGAGCCAAGAGGAGAGAAAGGUUGAUUGUUGGAAUGCUAUGCUUAUGGGUUACAUCCAGAAUGAUUUGUACAUUGAAGCUGUUAAGUUUCUGUAUCAUAUGCAGGCAGCUGGAGUACAGCCGCGGGAAUCUCUGCUUAAAAAAUUAAGAAUUGCUUGUGGAAGUAUUACCUGCUCAAACAUGAAUUAA